UCCUCCUUUAAGCCCCUCCCCAAAACUUGUUUCCUUGUUUUCGUGUACCAAAACUUCCUCACCUGAAAAGAGAGAAGAGAUGGGGAUGGAGGGGAAGAAGAUGGUGGAAGCAGAGGAGGAAUUGGAGAAGACCCAGAAGCUGGACCUCAGUGGGAUGUCCUUGGACACCCUCCCCAACCCUUCUGUCAACCUGGCUUCUAUCACCAAGCUUGACCUCUCCAACAACAAUCUUGAGAGUAUCCCGGAGUCGCUGACGGCAAGGCUACUGAAUUUGGUGGUGCUUGAUGUGCACUCCAACCAGCUGAAGGUGCUGCCAAACUCCAUCGGGUGUCUCUCCAAGCUCAAGGUCCUCAAUAUCUCUGGCAACCUUAUCGGCUCCCUCCCGAAGACCGUCGAGGACUGCCGGGCUCUAGAGGAGCUGAUAGCCAACUUCAACAUGCUGACCAAGCUCCCAGAUACCAUCGGGUUCGAGCUGACCAACCUCAAGAAGCUUGCCGUCAACUCCAACAAGCUUGCCUUCCUUCCCUACUCGACGUCCCACAUGACCUCCCUCCGAGUCCUUGAUGCGCGGCUUAAUUGCCUUCGCUCCCUUCCUGAUGGCCUCGAGAACCUCAUCCACCUGGAGGUCCUAAACGUGAGUCAGAACUUCCACUACCUCGAGUCCCUACCUUACUCCAUUGGCCUCCUCGUCUCCUUAGUUGAGCUCGACAUCAGCUACAACAAGAUCACCAUUCUGCCCGACUCCAUGCGAUGCCUCACUAAGCUUCGUAAACUCCACGCGGAAGGCAACCCUCUCGUGCGCCCCCCCAUGGAGGUUGUGGAGCAGAGCGUGGAGGCUGUACGAGAGUACCUCAGUGCAAGGAUGAACGGAAGUGCAACGAGCCCCAAUUCCAUUAGGAAGAAGUCAUGGAUAGUGAAGCUGGUGAAAUGGGGGACGUUCAAUGGUGCGAUGUCGCCGAGCCAUGUGGGGAUCAGAGAUGAGAAUGAUGGGUUCUUGCUGUCAGAUUACCGCUCAAUUAAUGGCCUCGCAACCCCAAGGCAUGUGGGAAUGUUCUCGCCUCGCCGACUCUUCUCUUCACGCAGAGCUUCGCCACGAAGCUAGAAGCACUUCGCAUACAGCCUGCAAAAACUUAAGAGCGGAUUCUUUCUGGUUAGUGAAGGAAUUCGAUUAAGGGUGUUAUGAUACUGGAAUAGUAGUGAAAUGGGCUGCUCAGGACUGCUCCUCUUGUAAGAAUGUUAGUCCCUAGAAUUUUGCAUACCAGAGACUGUAAGAUAACUGUUACAUGAAGAUCCUGCUCUUUGUCGUUGGACUACUUUGACAUAGAACUGAAAACUAGGCCAUCAUUAUGUAAACAAAAGCAUGAACAACAGAAAGUGUGUAAAUUUGUUAAGAUCUAAUAUAUGAUGUUGUCUUUAUUGAGUA